AUGACAGUUUUCCCUCGCCCGUCCGUUAUCCUUGCCCAGGGCCAGGUGGUGGGUAUCCAGCUCGUGGAUACGUUCCCCCAAACCAUCGAUGCCUUUUUGGGGGUUCCUUAUGCCCUUCCACCUGUCGGAGAAAGGCGAUUCAAGCCCGCAGAGAAAGUUGUUGUCUCUACAGAGACAAUUGAUGCCUCCAAGUAUGGCUCCAUGGCCCCAGGCAAAGCAUUGCUCUCAGGCGGGCCGAAGCUCAAUCAGAGCGAAGACUGCCUAACCGCGAAUAUCUUUCGACCUGCUGGAACUACUGAGACAGAUAAGCUUCCUGUAGCGCUCUAUAUCCAUGGUGGCGCUUUCAACCGAGGAGCAGCUGCAAUGCACAAUACCGGGUCCAUGGUCGCUUGGUCUGAGUCGCCCUUUAUUGGCGUAAGCUUCGGGUAUCGGGUGGGAGCUCUAGGAUUCUUGCCAUCGAGCCUUUCCAAGAAAGAAGGCGUCCUCAAUCUUGGUCUGCGCGAUCAAAUUCAUUUAUUUGAAUGGGUGCAAGAACAUAUUGGUAAAUUCGGAGGUGACCCUAACAAUGUCACCCUGUUUGGCCUGUCGGCUGGUGCGCAUUCCAUCGGUCACCACCUUCUCAACUACCAAGAGCACACGCCGCCAUUGUUCCAUCGCGUCAUUUUGGAAUCGGGAUCGCCAACCUCCCGAGCUGUUCGGCCCUACAAUGCGCAAGUCCACGAGGAGCAGUUUCAAGACUUUCUCCAAGAGGCUGGCUGCCCCAAAGACCUUCCAGAGUCCGAAAUAUUCCAUUUUCUGCGAUCGCUUCCCAGCUCGACCGUCACAGAUGCUCAAACAACCGUCUUUGACAAAUACAAUCCCUCUCUUCGGUGGGCUUUCCAGCCAGUGAUUGACGAAGAGGUCAUCUACCGCAAACCUUUGGAUGCUUGGAAUUCUGAGCUUUGGAACAGGGUACCAAUCAUGACUGGCUUCAAUAGCAACGAAGGAACGUUCUACGUGGACAAGAAGAUGUCCAAGCCUGACCAGUUCCGCAAGUUCUGGCAAAACCUUCUUCCCGAGCUGACAUCUGCCGACCUGAAUACGAUUGAUCGACUAUACCCUGACCCUAAUUCCGACCCUGCUUCUCCCUACGUUGAAACAAGGAUUGGAAAGGGCUUGGGGUCUCAGUACAAGCGUAUUGAGGCAGCGUAUGGGCACUAUGCCUAUGUUGCCCCCGUCCGCCAAACAGUCCAAUUUGCGGCGUCUCAAGGCAUACCGGCUUACCUUUAUCAUUGGGCUUUGCCCAGAACUGUUGUCGGUCGAGCGAACCAUGGUGACAAUAUGUACUAUGAGACAUACAAUAGUGAUAUCACGGGGAUCUCGGAGUCACAGAAAGAGCUGUCGGGAACGUUGCAUGCCUACAUUACAAGCUUCAUUGCUACAGGUGACCCGAAUGCCAUCUCGGGUCGCUAUGGCCAAAGGCCCAAGUGGGAGGCUUUUGUGCCGGAUGAUGCCCGAGUUAUGAUCUUCGGUCAAGAUAACGAAGAACUGAUCGGGGGCAGUACGGCUCCAGCUGCUAAGUUUGUGGAAGAUGACUGGGCUAGAGAAGAGACAGAGUUCUGGUGGUCCAAGGUUCCCAUAUCCCAGCUUGCUUGA